AUGAGGAUACUGCAUCUUAAUGGUUUCACCGAGGAGGACAAAAGUCGUUAUCGGCAGUCAAUUUUACGGAAUGUCGUUGAUUCAGUGGCAAAAAUGCUUCGAGCAUGUGAAACAUAUCGGAUCGUGCAUGAACAUGUCAUACAGGAGAAAGUAAACAUAUUUAUGAAAUUUUAUGAAGAUGUCGAUUCGGAUUUGGGAGAUGCUCAAAUUGUAAUAUCGAAUGAAAUGGCUAAAAUCAUUCAACAAAUUUGGCAGAGCAAUAGCAUACAACUUGUUUACGAAAGACGUUUCAAUUAUCAAUUACUCGAUAAUGCCAAAUUCUUCCUGAAUAGUCUUGGAAGAAUUACAUCACCUGAUUAUUCUCCAACAACACAGGAUAUCUUACAAUGUCGUUUCAAAACAAUGGGUAUACAUGAAAUCAAUUUUAUAUAUAAGAAAGUCGAUUUCAAAAUGAUUGAUGUUGGUGGACAGCGUUCGGAAAGACGCAAAUGGAUUCACUGCUUCGAUGACGUGAAUAUGGUACUAUUUGUUGUGGCAAUGAGUGAAUUUGACCAAGCUGACCCUGAAGAUGAAAGUCAGGCAAGCAACGGACGCUUAUUUAUCAGCUUCACGUAG